UAAAAUAGUCAUUUUUAUCACAGGAAAUAAUGUUGCCAGGCGAGUUAAAAAAGAACGGAGAUACUGUUUCGGCUUCUUUUGGAGAUUUUCAAGCUUCUGCUGGUCUAUCUGAUAAAGGUGCUGUUGCCUCGGCCGGAGGUAGUGGACUAGGUGCCGGUGCUCGUUAUGGUGUGGAUGGAGUUGGAGCUAGUGCUGUAGGGACCAAUGUUAGAAUGCCAGGCAUUGAUAAUAAAGUAAAAUAUGGGUACGGAUAUGGUGUAGAGUCACUAGGGGUUGCUGGACAAAAUGCACAAAGUGGUGUAGUUGGUCAACAAGAUUUCUACAAAAGGAUUUUUUCUAUUCCCAUCGAUGUUUUGCAAUCCGUGAACACAUAUCUUAAUCAAAAACCAACCGGUAUGAAAAAUAAGACUGAACCAUCUGAAUGGUGUAAAUAGGGCUCGGGAGUAUAAGUAUUUAUAAAUUUUGUUAAGAUAUUCUGAACACAUCAUAGGCCAGUACAAAUGUUUAUUAAUUGACA